ACGUGUUGAAUCACAGGUUAAUGACGAGUUUUUCGGUUUUUACCAAGUUUUAUCGAGUUUUUAAUUAACGGAUUUGUUCAUUAAAUCUGAACCGGAUUAUAUACGAGUAAUCGGGUUUAUCGAUUUCACCGUAGAUUACCGGGUUUAUCGGUUCGACCGCGAGUUUGGGGUCAAAAAUUAACACUUAACAAAGCUAAAAAUUACACUUCUCAUGAUUAUUUUUCAUAUAUUUUAAAAUAUUGAAUAAGAAAUUAAUGUCUAAUCACAAAAUAUAGUUUUCUUCAAAAUCCAAAAAUUUAACACACAAAAAAUUAAAAUAAAUAAUGUACACAAGUUUAACAAGAAUGGAUAUCCAGUUUAUAAAUUAUUACAUUAUUAUUUCCAACCAAAAAAUAAUCCCGCGCUUUAAAAGCGCGGGUCAAAAUCUAGUUUAUUAUAUUAAAACAGAAGUACAAAAUAAUAAUUACCUAUUUAAAAUUAAUUUUUUACAUCUUAUUUUUUUUUAAUUUGAUCACUUCAUUUUUUAUCUUUUCCAAAUAAUUCGACAUCAUUUACUAUAAAAAUACAAAACUACAUAUUUUAAGUAUUUUAUUACAUUUUUACAUUUUUUUUAUUUUUCUAAACUAGUUCAUUAAUUAUAUUUAGCAUAAUAAUUCGACGUCAAUUUCACACUUAAUGAAAUUGUUCUAUUAAUGACAAGAUUUCAACUGGUUAACAAAUUUUUUUUCGUGUACAUAAUCAUUUAGAUAUAUGCAUUCAGAUAGAUACACGUUCGGAUACAUAUCAUAUUGAUUUUUUAGAUUUGAAAUUAAACUUCGUUCGCAUAUUUUAAAUAUCCAGAAGGGGUUCGAAUCAGAUUUUUCCGAGUCCGGUUAAAUUCGUAAGAACCUAAAAAUAUCUAAAUAACCGAUAUUUAUAUAUUUAAAAUGUCAUUAAACAAUUUGUAAAAAAAAUAAAUUAAUCCAGCACAGGCGUGCGAAUCACCUCUAGGCUCUAGUACAAAUUAAAGGGGAAAAUUGGAAAUUUGGAAUGGCCGUGAAGAUAUAUAUUAGGGUUUCGUUUUGUUUUGGUCAAAAGAUAGAAUCAUCGAACCAUGAAAAGAGCUAGGAGGAAGAAGACGAUCGAGAUCAAUCAGCAAUGUCUAACGAAGAAAGAAGAUGAAAACGAUCCGUUUUGGAUUAUUCCACUAGAUCUGAUCGUAGAGAUUCUCCUGAAAGUUCCGACCAAAUCUGUAGCCAGUCUUGUCUUCGUUUCAAAAAAAUGGUUAUCCUUAAUACGCAGCAAAGAUUUUAUCAACCUGUACCUGGCUCGAUCUUCACCACGGAUUCUUUUAGCAGUCUUCGGCACUAACGUGGAAGAGCAGUUCUUACAAACCUGCUCUCAGGUUGAUCCAUCUUCUGAUCGUCAUAGGUUAAACAUAACUCCACAUAAGGACCAUGUGGCUGCUUUUUCUCCACCAAUCCGCGGCUUGUUCUGCCGUCUAAUGGAUUUGAAAGUGAUAAUUUCAAACCCUAGCACGGGCCAGUUCUUAACGUUACCUAGAGUCAAAACUACAAGAAGAGGUAUAAUAUCCUUUUUUGGGUAUGAUCCAGUGAAUGAUGUAUACAAAGUGUUAUGCAUGACGAUACUACAAGGUCGUCAAAGACGUGGAUCAAAAGUUGUGUCGGAGGAGCAUCAAGUAUACACUCUAGGAGCCCAACGAAAAUGGAGAAUGAUUGAAUGUAAGCAUCCUCAUCUUCCUCAUCCUUGUGCUAUUACUAAAGGGAUAUGCAUAAAUGGGAUACUGUAUUAUUAUGCUUGGAUAAAAAACGAAGCAUCCUUGAUAAGCUUCGAUCUGAUAUCUGAAGAGUUUAAUGCCAUUAAGUUACCUGAGGAUAUCCCAUGUGUAGUGAACUACACUGGAAAGGUAGCUAUAACGAGUUGGCCUACCCGUAACGGUGAAGUUCACUUAUGGAUUCUAGAAGAUGCCAAUAAACAAGAAUGGUCAAAAGUUUCAAUUGUUGUUCCUUCUUGGGUAGAUUUAAUAGACAUUCAUCAUGGAUACAGAUUCAGGGGUACACUUAGUACUGGCGAGCUUAUAUUUUCACCUUGGACCCUUCCCAUUAACCCGUUAUAUUUCAUCAGUUACAAUCUCAAGGAAAACAUUGCCAAGAAAGUUGUGGUUGAAGAACUUGAAGAACCCGAUGCUUCUCGCGAAGUCUAUUUUGAUCAUGUAGAGAGUCCUAUGUUCUGUCAAAUGUAAGUUAAUCCUUUUGAUGUUGCCUUUCAUUUUGAUCAUGUGUUGGACUUGGCUGUUUUACAUUUGAUUUUCUUAUUUACUUUACAUUUGAAUAAAAACAAUAUUUUGUGCUUUUAUUUGGA